GGUAGGGAUUAGCUCGAACAAGGUAUAGGUUUGUAGACGACAAGCCUGGUCGUGCCGUUCUCUACCUACCCCGUCAUAAAGCUAGUCUCGGUCUCGGGUACAAAAUAGUACCGCGGACGAACCGUGUGCAUGUCACUUGCGCCAGUCACCCACGAGAAAGGUACGGGGAACAAGUGUUGAAGAAAUAUGGCGGCGCAUUGGAACGUGCAAGUGUGAUGCAGCGUACGCGCAACGAAACGCUCGUCUCCGACUGACCAAAGAGGCCUCGCUCGCUAAAUAUCCACCUGGCCAAAUGACAUGGGAAUUUGUAAUCGAAGGCACUUCCUGCUGACAAUAUGUGUCUUACAACUCAUUACUACUGUGGAGCGCCAGGUUUUCGACUUUCUAGGCUUUAUGUGGGCCCCGAUACUGAUUAACUUUUUCAAUAUUAUAUUUGUGAUCUUGGGAUUUUUUGGGGCCUUUCAAUGCAGACCUAAAUAUAUCAUAUCUUAUUGUGUAUGGAAUACCGUAUGGUUGGGAUGGAAUAUAUUUAUGAUAUGCUUUUACCUUGACGUGGGCAUACUGGACAAAAAUAGCGAUAUUUUGAACCUUGGAACAGGAAGCUUUUCAUGGUGGCAUGUCAAUGGUCCAGGUUGCAAAGCCAUUUACGAUGUCACAGAACCUGAAUUAUUUAGACCUGCAAGGCCUAGCAAUGUAACAGACUGUGUAUUAGAUUAUGAAGUAGUUGAAAUUUUACACGCGUCAACACAAUGUAUCUUAGGUUUUAUUGCAGUCGUGGGCGGUAUUUGCCUAAGUAAAGUUUUCCUGGAAGAAGAUGACAGCUUUGACUUUGUGGGAGGUGAUGACUUCGGGUUGGCAGGCCACACACCGUUACAUCCUAUGUACGUUAGCUACUCGGCUCUUCCAUCACCUGCCCACCUUCACAAAAAUUCCACUCAAAAUUACUCGGAAGGCACGGUUAGCUCUCACCAAUCGAUCGGUCACGAUACCAGCUUCCCAAAGCAAAACGAGAAAUUCUUGAACAACUCGGUGCGAAGUAAAAAUAGCUUCCGUAACGACACGAUACGAACCACCAGAAGCAGCGUGUCCAAUCGCGACCUAAAGUACGUUGACUACUCGAACGAUUAUUCGAAUCCCUUAGAUCAUUUGCAGAGACCUGUGUCGCCGUACGACGAGUACGACUCAUUGGACAGCGCGGCUAGAUUGAGAUAUCAAAAGAACAAGAUGUAUUAUCCUCAUUCGUCGCGGUACAGUCCUGUCGCGUCUCCGCGUGCUAAAUCUCGUCCGAUCUCGUCGAAGCAACCUAAAGCCUCCGGCAAGCCUAGAGUCUUUACGGAUCAUAUUCGCGAGCAACCCCUCCGAUCUUAUUACUCGGAUCCUAGAUUGGCGAUCGAGAACCAACCAAACGCAAACGACCAGGAACAUCCGAGUAGUAGACCCCACAACCAUAGAGAUAGCAGACCGUUGUCCUUAUACGCCAUACAAGCUAAACGGAAGAAGAAGCAGCCGAGGCCGUUGUACAGCAUCGAGUACUCGCAGCCGGAGCCGCCGGUGCACGACGACAGCGUGUCCCCGAAGCCGAUGACACCUCGAAGGGUGAAGCGGCGAUCGGUGAUCUCACGGGACGGGACCAGACGGUCCAGCCGGAGGAGCUCGGUGCGGCAGUCGCGCAGAAAGAACCCCGUGAACCGCAUCAUGGACCACCAGGAGAGCCUGUACGCGAACACGACGCCCAGCAACCUGACCAACCAGAACGUGAACUCGCUGUCCCAGGGCACGCUGAACUACGAUCGCAUCUCGAUGACCUGGGACAGGGACCGUAACUCGAACUGGCAGCCGGAAGCCGUCAACAUGGCCGUGUCCUCGCCCGCCAUUUGGAACCAGGACUCGUCCAACAACUACUCGAACACCAGCAACUACGCGAACCAACCCUAUCCGAACUGGGACGCGAGCAGCUCCACCAGGAAUCUCACCGACAAUUGGCAGCCGAGCGAGGUGAACCCGAUGCAGUGGCAGGGCCAGAGCAACCCAACAUUCCAGCAGACCAGCACCCAGAGCCUGAACGGCGAGGACCUGGACGAUUUGUACAAUAAUCGACCGGCCAGCGCCAGGUCCAGCUAUAGCAAUUACCACGGGGUCAGAGCGACGCCCCAGGUGCCUAACAGGAACGACAUUGUCAGACAGAGCCAGAGACAGUUCGUUCUCAGCGGGCCGCCCGCUUAUCAGGACACGGUUAUUUAGGAUAAUAAUAUUCUUGGGCCCGCGUUCGUGGGAGUCGAGACGAUGGGGGAAGGAAAAUUUCACGAAUUAGGGAAUCGUUCAUGGCGAAAUAUCGGUCGGCUGCCAGACGUUGCUGUUGAUUCAACCGUUGCGUUAUCAUACUUGAUCAUUCAUUGAUUUAUUUCAAGUCCUGUUUACGCAUUCAAAUUUGUAUCGAUUAUUCGUCUGCGAUCAGGACGUCUAAAUCUGUGAGAUUUCUUCAUGAAGUUCUUGCGUUUUGAAUCAUUUGUAUCGCCGCGUGUUCCUUGAUUUUUAUUCGGCAAAUUUCGUUGUAAGAUUUAGAGGUAGAUUUGUAAAUAAUGAUUGGAUCUGAAAUAACGUUUGGAUCUGUAGUUUUGUACGGAACUAUGAUUUUUAUAGUUCAAAGAUGCAGAGAUAAUUAUGCACGAAGAAUACACGAAAGACCUCGGGGAAUACAACUUAUGUCGAAGGAGUAAAUGUUGUAGUAAAAAGAAACUUAUUUUUAAGAUUACAUGUUCCGAGACUUCGAGAUUAUCGACGUUUCUUUUCCAGUAAUAACUUUGCGAUGUUGACAUAAUACUUGUAAAAAUCUCAUCCGCUAAAAUGCUUUUCUCCUUCAAAAAAUGAAUCUAUUAAAAACCACGUAAUUCCGUGACGAUUAACGUCUUCGAAAUUGUACGUUUCCCAUUGAAAAAAAGGUCGAUGAAAAAGAUUCUUUAAUUUGUGCCUCUCGAGCACAGAUAUUAUUUUCACUCUUCCUGCAUAAUUACGCUGCGCUACUUAAUGCAAAUCAUCGAAACGGUCUGAGACAAAAAAAGACCAACGCGCGUUUAUCAUCGAUGAAUCGACGCGUUUAAUAUUCGAUUCCUCUUCGCCACGAGAUUCGACGAUGCUCGAUUCGCUUGCGUCAGCUGAUACGUUUGCUUUUGUAGUUCUGAUCCGGCCACGCGAAUUUCUUGUCCCUAGAUUCGAAACACCUCCAGAGGAAUAGACGGGGAAAGGAAACGAAUGGCAUAAUGGUUGAAUCAGCAAAUACGAUUGCAGAAUGAUCUCAUUGGUAUCUCCCCGGGUCUCCCAAGGUUUCGAUGUACGCGCGAACGCUGGCCAUUGUUAGUAAAUCAUAGUUAUACGCUGCGGCGAUCUUACGUUAGAACUGUUACUGUUAAGGUACAGUGAGCGUGGGAAGGCUCGCCCUUCCCGGCGCCUCACUGAUUUUCAAGCUUUACUUAAUAGCAGCGGAUGCGAUUCGCACGGUUCGAGCUGCGCCUUGUUGUACUCUAUAAUAGAAAUUCGACCGGUUUAAACAGGAGCAAUCUUCCGGAAAUUCUGAUUACG